AAAUGUACCGGAAGUGAUAUUCACGUGUCAACCUGGCUCGUUCCGUUCCGUUCGUUGCGGAGGAGGAGCUGUGCCUGGUGAAGUUGCCUGAAACGAUAGAAGAGCAUAUGUCAUAGCAUGUGUUUAUAGUAGAGCUAUUUGCUUAUAGUUUUACUAACUGAAUUACCGUGGUCUGAUUUGACGAGAUGACACAAAACUGCAGACCCCUCAAGCGCCCUGGUGUCGGAGUAGGGGUUCUUGUCACAGAUUCAGCUCACUCCAGCUGCGUCCUCUUAGGGAAGCGAAAAAGUGCAAUGGGCAAAGGAACGUAUCAGCUACCUGGCGGUCAUCUAGAAUUUGGAGAGACAUGGGAAGAUUGCGCUCACAGGGAGGUGAUGGAAGAGGCAGGAGUGCGCCUGAAAGAAGUAAGGUUCGCAUCCGUGGUGAACUCCAUCAAGCUCGAUGAGCAGUACCACUACAUCACCAUCAUCAUGCAAGGAGAAGUGGACAGGAGCUACCCAUCAGAGCCAGUCAAUCUCGAACCAGAGAAAAACGAAGGUUGGACGUGGACACAGUGGGACCAGUUUCCUCAAGAGGACCAACUCUUCCUGCCUCUGGCCUGCCUGAGACAACAGGGCUUCCAGCCGUUCAACACCACAUAACACUGCAGCUACCCAGAAACAGAGAAGAGAGGGGCGAAACACAGGGAUAGAAGACACAUACAUUAGAACUGCUUUGUAGGACCUAAUCAAGUCAGGCAGUUGGGUAUACAUGG